AUGCAAAGCCCUACAUCCGUGAAAGAUGUCCAGAAGUUAACAGGAAGGAUAGCAGCUUUGUCAAGGUUUUUACCUUGCUCUGGAAGCAAGGCGGCUCCAUUUUUCCAUUGCUUAAGGAAGAACAAGGUUUUUCAGUGGACAGAAGAAUGUGAGCAGGCUUUCCAAAAUCUGAAGGAGCAUCUAUCUAAGCCUCCCAUAUUAUCAAAGCCAAUUCCAGGUAUUCCUUUAUCGGUUUUUAUUUCAAUAUCGGAUAAUGUUGUGAGUUCUGUCUUGUUGCAAGAGUGUAAGGAUGAGACUAGAAUCAUAUAUUUUGUAAGCCAUGCUUUACAAGGGGCUGAGGUGAGAUACCAAAAGAUUGAAAAAGCUGCUUUAGCCUUAAUCAUUUCUGCCCAAAAACUGAGGCCUUACUUUCAAGGUUUCCAAGUUAAAGUCAAAACUGACUUCUCACUACGCCAAGUUUUGCAAAAGCCAGACUUGGCAGGGCGAAUGGUCUCUUGGGCUGUUGAAUUGUCAGAGUUUGGGAUUGUGUUUGAAAAGAAAGGUCAGGUUAAACCUCAAGCCUUAGCUGAUUUUGUUAAUGAGAUGUCACCAGAGGCGAAAAUUUCAGAAGGAGAGGAAUGGGCUUUAUCUGUUGAUGGGUCAUCUAAUUUAAAAGGAAGUGGAGCUGGAAUAGUUCUUGAGGGCCCGGGCGGAGUCAUUAUUGAGCAGUCCUUGAAAUUUGAUUUCAAAGCAAGAAAUAACCAGGCAGAGUACGAGGCGAUCAUUGCUGGGAUGAGGUUGGCUAUCGAGAUGAAUGUUCAUAGUCUCGUUAUCAAAACCGAUUCUCAGCUCGUGGCGAAUCAGAUAAAGGGUGAAUAUCAAGCUAAGGAUGUGCAAUUGGAAAAAUAUCUAGGAAAGGCGCAAGAAUUGAUGAAACACAUAGACAAUGUUCAGGUGAACCGUGUUCCCAGAGAAGAAAAUACAAGGGCUGACGUACUUUCCAAAUUGGCAAGUACUAAGAAGCCAGGCAACAACAAGUCAGUGAUUCAGGAAACUUUGAAAAGCCCAAGUGUGAAUGAAGAUGAUGCAGUCAUGGCAACUGGGAUGGUGUCAACAGAUUGGAUUGAAAGGGUUAAAAUGUGCUUACAGGCAGAUGGACCUGACUUGGCUUUAUUUUCAAAGGACCAAAUCCGGGAGGCUAGUCACUAUACAUUGCUAGGCAACCAGCUUUACCGAAGAGGCGUUGGAGUUCCUUUGCUGAGGUGUGUGACCAGGGAUGAGGCUGACAGGAUUAUGUUCGAAGUCCAUGAAGGCGUUUGUGCAAGCCAUGUGGGCGGAAGAUCUUUGGCUGCGAAAGUAUUAAGGGCAGGAUUUUAUUGGCCCCCCUUGAAGAGUGAUUGCAUGGACUAUGUCAAGAAAUGCGAGAAGUGUCAAGUUUAUGCUGAUUUGCACAGGGCACCACCAGAGGAGUUAAGUUCCAUGAGUUCUUCGUGGCCAUUUGAUAUGUGGGGCGUUGAUAUUCUUGGACCUUUCACUCCAGCAGGGGCGCAGGUUAGAUUUGUGUUGGUUGCUGUGUUGAUUACUUCACAAAGUGGAUAG